AUGUACCUCACCACCUACCGACCCGCCCCCCCGCCCUGUGACGUCACAGACCAGGACUUCAUCCCUGCCUCCACAGACCGGCUGGACAGGCUCGGCCGGGCGAUCACCUUCCGCACCGUCUCGUACGAGCCGGGACGGGGGACGCCACAGGAACUGCUCAAGUUCGCCGCCUUUAUCCAGGACAGUUUCCCCGUGGUUCACUCCUCGCCGCUGGUGACCAGAGAGGUUGUGGGGAACUUCAGCCUGCUGUACCGUGUGGAGGGGACGGACGGCUCGCUCCAGCCGGGUCUCCUGGCGGCGCAUCUGGACGUGGUUCCCGUGACAGAGGAACCCGGCUGGGACGCCGAGCCCUUCUCCGGGCAGCGGAAAGACGGGUUUGUGUACGGCAGGGGAACCAUAGACGACAAACACAACGUCAUGGGGCAGUUAGAGGCGCUAGAGUUUCACCUGAAGAGGGGUCAUCGACCGAGACGGACUUUGUACCUCGCGUACGGGCACGACGAGGAGGUUGGUGGUCACGACGGAGCGAAGAAAAUAGGAGAACUGCUGGAAAAUCGCGGAGUAAAACUUGAGUUUAUUUUAGAUGAGGGCCUUACUGUAACCAAAGGGUUAGUCCCGGGGGUAGGCAAGAAAGUGGCCCUGAUAGGCGUCACAGAGAAGGGGUCCCUAACGGUGAAGCUGAGUGUCCGGAUGAAGGGAGGACACGGCUCCAUGCCUGAGAAGGAGUCCGCGAUAGGCGUUCUGUCUCAGGCCGUUACCAACUUAGAGAGGAACCCCCAGCCGAACCUCUGGGGUUCCGGCCCCGAGCGAGACCUCGCCGAGCACCUCGCUACGGAAAUGAGCCUCCCCCAUCGGGUGGUAUCGUCCAACCUGUGGCUCUUCGCUCCCGUCAUGCGCUGGGUUAUGAGCCUGAAGGCAGCCACGAACGCGUUGUGCAGAACCACCACAGCAGUCACGCGGUUUCACGCCGGGGUCAAGGAGAACGUCAUCGCUCCUGAAGCCGUCGCCAUCGUCAACCACCGAGUCCAUCCCAGACAGACGAUACAGGAAGUUCUGGAUCAUGACGUCAGGGUGAUCGGCGACCCCCGGGUGCAGGUGCAAGUGGUUUCGUCCCUGGUUCCCGCGCCCGUCUCCCCGAGCGGGCAGGAGUGUCCUGCGUACAUGGCGGUACAGGAGACCAUCCAGCAGGUCUUCCCGGACUCACUGGUGGCGCCCGCCGUCAUGAUCGGGAACACAGAUACUCGUCACUACUGGAAGCUCACGAGCGCCAUCUACCGGUUCUCUCCGAACGUCAUGGGUCCGGGGGAUCUCGCGAGGUUUCACGGCGUGAACGAGAGGAUCUCCGUCCGGGACUACGAGAGGACGAUGAACUUUUAUUUCCACCUGAUGCAGAACGUUGAUAAACCUUUGGUGGGGAGGGGGCACGAGCAUGAGGGGGACUUGUGACGUUUUCAGCUUCUAGACAACACUAGACAAAACCCUUGGCGUUAGAUAGGAACAAAGCUAGAGGCCUUACCCUUUUGUCGCCGGUGAAGAAGUUCGUUGUUUAGAAACUUCGUUGUGGAGGCGCAAGCGAGUGAAGUUCGGCCGUGAAAAAAACAUGACAGAUGACAGAUUAAGCCAUACUUGCUGGAUCUAAUUUAAGUCUUUUAGAAUUGGGUUUAAAGGAGACGAAAAAGAUUCCGUAAACGGUUUUGUACUCUGUACACAACCUUCUAUAAUUCUUCAGUAAACGUUUCGACGCCAUGGGGCACGAGUAUGAGGGGGAUGUAUAAGCUUUUGACAUUCUUCAAACUUGUGUAAAUGGAUAAUUGACGGGAACGCCAGGGUCCGGGCAAGAAUCAAAUGCUAAAUACACGGAAGAAAUUCCCCUAAAAUUCGACGAGCACAAUGAACAGUGGGCCACGGCUUAACGUCCUGUCCUAAUAACUGCAACCCUUUCCAGUAGCGUGCGUAAUGUCCGGAUGAGCGAGACAGCCGGAAUCGAUCUCAAGGCUAAUCUAAUUCCAGAGGCAGGGCUACUAACCACUGGUUUACACACGCUACUGUCUCUUGCGCGCAUAAUGUAAUGAUCUUGAUUUGUAUGUUCUUGCCCGCAUGGGCUAAAUGCGAUAGUAUUGCAUGGAAUCCUAGAGACUAGAUACUAUUACAAGUAGUGUUGCAAGCGAACAGAUGGACAAACGAAACAUCUGGAGCUAUGCUAUCACUAUAACUACUAGUAUUGUUUACAUGCCUCUUCUUGUGUAUACGAACUCACAUAGUUUUUUUGUUGUACAAUGUUGUCUCUGGCCGUCAUACAAAUAGUUCGUCUUUGGUUAACUGUUUACAUCGGGUGUCUAUUAUUAAGAGCACUGCUUAAAGAAUCGCGUAUAUUACUGUCUAAUAUAAAUAAGGAAGACUGAGACAUAAGUGAGACAUAUGCUACAAUUGCUUUUCGAGGCUUUAUUUGAUGGAACUGAAGUUGUCGUCGUAGAUCGUAAACAAGAGUUUGACGACUCUUUGCCUUCGUCAAGCUUUAUUAUAAUAAACUAUUGA